UUCAAUAUGACAGUGACACAAUUAUAUUGUAAUUAUUUAAUUUAUUAAGAAAAAAUAUCACACAGUACAACAAAAUGCCACCAAAAAAACAAAAAGAUGAAACUGCAGCAAACACAUUUAUACCUGAAUUUGAACCAGAUGUAUCAGAGAUAACAGAAAUUGAUCCACAGAAACCAUUAAUAUCUAUAGUCACUGGAGAGCCCUUUGGUCCAAAAAUUUGUUAUGUUACGGAAAAGGAGGAGGAUGAGAGUUCAGACGACGAACCAGAAUCUGAAGGAGAUGACGACGUGAGAUUUUUGAAAACUGAAGUGUCGGAUGUUUCCUCUGAAUUCUGGAUUAUGCAAAAGCUAAUAAAAUAUAUGAAAGCUGGAAAUCAAACGGCUACCAUAAUAAGUUUAUGUCUACUUAAAGAUUAUGAUCUUACAAAUAGAGCAAUCCAAAAGACUAUAGAAAAAAUAGGAGGAUUGGAAAUUUUGGUUAAUCUUUUGGAAACAAAAGAUAUGAAAUGUCAAAAUGGAUCUUUAUCAGUCUUACUACUAAUAGUCACUUCAGGUGAAAUGCGUCGUGCUCUUAUUGAUUAUGGUAUUGUGUCAUCACUCAUUCAAUUACUAAAACAUCCUGUUAGAGACAUUCAAAUACUAGCUGCUGAAAUUAUGGCUAUUAUUGCACGAGUAAGAAAAGCUAGAAAACAGAUUAGAAUUCGUGGUGGUGUACCUCUAAUACUAGACAUUAUGGAUAUACCAGAUAACGUCCUUCUUCAUUCUUUUGAUGAAUUAAAUAAUGUUCAAAAGGAGUUAAUUAGCGUUGCUAUAGGUGGUGCUAAAGUAUUAAACUCUAUAGCAAAGAGCCCAAAAAUUAAAGCAGAACUUCAUAAGCAUGGAGUUGUCCAACUUAUGGCACGUUUCUUAAAGAGCGUUCACACUAAUUUAAUAAUUCCUAUCAUGGGAACGGUGCAACAGUGUGCAGAUCUGGCAGUGUGCAGAUUCUCCUUUGAACAAAUGGAUAUUAUUGCGGAUAUAGUAUAUCAUUUGAAAAAUGAAGAUAUGAAAUUGAAAGAAAACUGUGCCUUAGCUAUAUUCAAAUGUGCAGUAAAUAAAAUAACUAGCAAUAUGGUUAGAGAGGCUGGUGGUUUAGAUCCUUUAUGUAAACUUAUACGAGAUGAGAAUGUUCACGCGAAUAAACAUUUAUUAGUCGCCGUAACAGGUGCUAUUUGGAAAUGUGCUGUAUGUCCAGAGAAUGUAAAACGAUUUAAUCAAAACAACUUAGUAGCAUCUCUAGUUCCUCUUCUUCAAGAAAACGAAGAAGAAGAUGUUUUAUCGAAUGUAGUUGGCGCAUUAGCUGAAUGUUGCAAAGAUCCCGUAAAUAGAGAUAUCUUAAGAACGCACGAGGGAUUACCAAAGUUAAUUAAACUAUUGAGUUCUACUUAUGAACCAUUGUUACAAAAUAUACCGUUAGUAAUGAAAGAAUGUGCAGAAAAUACACAAUGUAUGGAUAUUAUUAAUGAUCCUGGACAUAAAUUAGACGGGGUUCGUUUAAUAUGGUCUCUGUUAAAACAUCCCAACGAUAUUAUCAAGACAAAUGCUUGUCUUGCUUUAGUCCCAUGCAUCAAAUACGCUAAAGAUUCUCCUGAAAUGGUGCGAGCUUUUGUAGGUGGAUUGGAACUCACAGUCAGUCUCUUGGAUAGUACUAAUCCUAAAGUACUCAGUGCCGUUUGCGCUACAAUUGCUGUAAUAGCGUUAGAUCCUGAAAAUCUUGGUAUAUUAACAGAUCAUGGAGUGGUAUCAAAAUUAGCCUGUCUUGCAAAAACAGAAAAUGAAGAUUUGCGCGCUAACCUAACUUUAGCUAUUGCUUAUUGUUGCGAAUGGGGUGAUAAUAGUUCUGAGUUCGGUAAACUUAAAACCGUUGCCCCUCUUGUUGGUUAUAUGAAUAGUAAGAACAAGGCUGUCCUUAAAGGAGUUUGUAUAGCGAUGUAUCAUUUAAGUAAAGAUCCUAUAAACUGUGUAACCAUGCAUAAUUGUGGUAUUAUAAAGCACAUGUUACGAUUGAUCGGUUCGGAGGAUCCAGAAGUACAAAUUGCUGCUGCAAGUACAAUUAGGCAUAUUAGAAAGCUUGCAUUAACAGCAGAAAAAUUACACUUCAGAGAAAUAAACUUACUUGAAGAUACAGAUUACCAAUUAUAAAACCGAAAGAAGUUAAAGUAUAGCGAUAUAUAAUUUGAAUAUAUAAUAAAUAUAAAAUUAAAAUAAACGUACUGUCUAUUCUGUAAUUCUGAUAAUUCUAAAUUGACUUAUAA